AAGUCUGUGUUGGUUGCAGAAAUAGCAGACGACAUCCGCUGCAGGAGUCAUAAGUAGGAGGUUUCCACAGCCGUGCCGUAUCCACCUUUUUUGGCAUUUUCAGUCUGUUCUUCAAGCAGAGGAAAGCCGAAGAAACAAACAUGAAGUGGCUUCUUUUAGUGGCAGUCAUUGCGGGUUGUCUGGCCCAUCUAGACGCCUCCAAGAUCAUCAGGCGAACCAAUUCCGGAGAGGUUGCCAACACUGCAUUCUUCGAGUUUGCCAACUCAGGCGGAAUCGACGGCGCCCUGGAGGCAGCAGGUGACACCGUUGGCGGAAUCGGAGGCACUGGAGGCGCCACUGGGGGUAAUGAUGCUAACGAUGACGGCGGUGACACUCCGGACGGCGUCGACGGCGGGGGUGCGGCAGUGGCUGGCGGCGGCGGUAACGAGGUAGGAGAGGGGGACAGCCCCGACGGCGCUGAUUCCCCAGACUUCAACGCCCCGAGCAGAGGCGGCGGGUUCCGUGCCGGAAACGGCCGUCCUGUCCUCAAGAACAGCGGCCAGUCGCCGGUGGUGGACGACCAGGCGGAGCAGGCAGGUGACCCGGGCCAGAUCGUAGGGACGACGGCCACGGCAGGGACCACUGCGGGUAUUGUCGUGGGCGUGGUCGCUCUGGUGGGCAUCGCUGCAGGAGUUGCAGUUUACGUCAUCAAGAAGAGAAAUUGAACUGAAGAAGGUCCAAGUGUUGUAAAAACCGGGCGCCCUGGGACAAGCAAAGGAAGUGUGGAACAGUUCCCACAAAUCUUCGAAUGGCGACCCAUAUUGUAAUCAGUCUUCCUAGUAUUUAAAUAUUCAGAAAAUGUUUAUGUAAUUUAAAAUGUCCACAACAGCUGCGCGCUGUAGUUCGUGGGUUUUCUUUUCUGAAUGUAGUUCCUGCUGUGAUUCGCAAACGGUAACUUUCUGCCAUUCUGUAGCACAUCUUUUGGAUUAUGUCUUUUUAACUACCAUGCUUUCAUUCUGCCUUAUCUUUUUCUAAAUGGGAGUCAGAAGAGCUGUUAAGUUCACGAGGAUGCAAGAGUCACCGAUCCAUCGGGUUGAAUUCCUGGCGUUGAGCAGGUGGGGAGAGAAAGUUAAUCGAUUGAACUGGUAACGAUAGUCAUCGACCUUUGAUGGUUUAUGCUAUUCUUUCAAUGCUGGUGUCGUUGUCAUGAAAUAUGUUUUCAAUAAUUCUAGUAGAGUUUUGGGGAUUCACACUAAAAUUGCAACUUCCAGUCUGUCUGCUGGUCAGGACGUCAAAAUGUACAUAAACAAAACUCAAUAAACAUGUUGUAUUAUAAAUAUUUUGUCUUCGCUUCCUCUGAAUGCUGCGAAAAUAAUCUUCACAGCACGAUAAACAUGAUUCAUUUAAUUAGCACGGCCUUGCACUACUGACCUAAGCGCUGUAUUAUAAUCUAUGCAAGGUACGGGAGACUGGAGAAAUAAAAAUACUAGAAAGCCAUUUUAUCAAAGGUUGAAA